UCAGCCGUCAGUCAGCUGUUUAUUUACAUACUGCCGUAUGAUGCUAGUUUGCGUUGUGUUGAUUUCACUCGCAUGAUCUAUGUGUGUAGUCACACAACAUCAUAAUACGUCGGAAUGCUUGUUUGCGCUGUUAGGAAAGACUCACACGAGUGUUACACAAACAGGAAGAGUGCAGGACAGUGCACAGACACAUCACAUGCUUUCUGAAAACUACAAUACAAGACUAGCUUUUAAUUUCGGAUGUUAAAUUCGGAUCCUUGUUUCGGAUCAGGGAUUGCACGGUGUGUACUGGAUACUCAUGUCCUUGUGUAACUAACGUUACGUGAAAUCGUCAUGGAGGAACUGGACCCGGAGGAGCUUUUCCUCAGGGAUGCCAGAAACGGGAACCUAGAGGGUAUCCAAAGGCUUUUGUUGUCCAAGAUUAAAGAAGAGGCCAAAAUUGACAUCAACUGCAAAGGCAAGAGCAAAUCUAACCACGGCUGGACGCCUCUUCAUCUCGCUUGUUAUUUUGGACACCGAGAUGUGGUCGAGGUGUUAUUGAAGGCCGGAGCAGAUGCCAAUUUGCCAAAUAACGUUGGAGAUACGCCCCUCCAUAAAGCAGCAUUCACCGGGAGAAAGGAAGUUGUGAUGCUGCUUCUUCAGCAUGACGCUUGUGCUUCUGUCAUCAAUGGCAACGCUGAGAUCCCGAAAGACGUCACAGAGAGCGCUGAGAUCAAAAGCAUGCUGGAGGCUGCCGAAAGAACAUUGGAAAGGAAACAAGAGGAGCAGUUAUUAGAAGCUGCUCGGGAAGGAGCAUUAGCUACUCUGACCAGACUGUUAAACAUGAAGAAACCGCCUAACAUAAACUGCACAGACCUGCUGGGAAACACACCGCUGCACUGCGCCGCCUACAGGGGUCAGAAGCAAUGUGCCAUCAAACUUUUACAGCACUGUGCUGACCCAUACAUCAAAAACAAAAACGAUCAGAUAGUUUUUGACCUGGCUAGCGAUGCAGAAAUUAAGCAGAUCAUUACGGGCAAUGUUAUGAAAGGCAUAACGCGACACGUUGAAACAUUUGAAGGAACACUUUGGAAGAGCUCGAGAUUCUUCGGAUGGCGCUCUUAUUGGGUGGUUCUUGAAGAUGGAGUUUUGUCGUGGUACCCCAAACAGUCAGACGCGGAUUCAAAAACACAAAGGCAAGGUUGCAAGCCCUUAACACAGGCUCAAUGCAUGAUUAAGGCGAAAGAUAACUGCUAUUUCACAGUCAAGUGCUUCGACGACAGCCUUCACAAUUUCAAAGUUUCCCGGAAGGGCGAUCCAGAAGCCACAAGAAAAAAAUGGCUGGAGGCCAUCGAGGAGCAUUCAGCCUUCAGCACACAUUACUGCUCUCAGGAUUCAGACAGCGAGGAAGAGGAGGAUCGUGGCGUGCCUUUGGGCGAUCUUUCUGAAUCGCUUCAGCGAGCCGAGUCCUGUCAUCAAAAGCUGGAGAUGGAGGUGUUGACCCUUCUGUCUUUGGUUAAGGAAGACGGACUCGCAGAACGGUUUCCUUCCGCAAUUGUUCAGAAGCUUAAAGAAGUGUGUGAAGCCUCCAGUGAAACCUGCUUCUCAUUGGACCAUUGCCUGGGACUUUUUUCAAAACAGGAAGGGGCGCGCAGUUUUAAACUGGAACAUGAGGUGGAAAAGAAUAAAAUCCUGUCGGAGGCUCUGCAGACGUUGGCUACAGAACAUCACGGGUUGGAGCAGUCGCUUGUCAACGGAUCGUCUCCCCGCAACGCCCUCAGCGAAGAUGAAUUUUAUGACGCUCUUUCUGAUUCGGACUCAGAGCCUGUGGUGAGCGGAUUUGAGACAGCUGGCCACUCGAACGAAGACGAGGAAGACGUGAAGCACUUCUGCAGCGUCCGGAGUCGUCUCGACAGCAGGAUGUCCAUGAAAGAUUGCCGCGGUGAGGAGGAUGACGAAGGGUCCCAGGUUAAUGGAAUGAAGAAACACAGGACAAGUUUACCGGCGCCCAUGUUCUCUAGAAAUGACUUCAGUAUUUGGACCAUUCUGAGGAAAUGCAUUGGGAUGGAGCUGUCUAAGAUCACCAUGCCUGUCAUUUUUAAUGAGCCGCUGAGCUUUCUGCAAAGGCUUGCAGAAUACAUGGAGCACACAUAUCUCAUCCACCAGGCUAAUGUAUCAGACGAUUCUAUAGAAAGAAUGAAGUGUGUGGCAGCGUUUGCCGUCUCGGCCGUGGCGUCUCAGUGGGAUCGGACGGGAAAACCCUUCAACCCUCUUCUAGGAGAAACAUAUGAGUUAGUCAGGGAUGAUCUCGGUUUCCGGUUGAUUUCGGAACAGGUGAGUCACCAUCCGCCUAUAAGCGCUUUCCACGCUGAGGGUUUGCAGAAGGACUUUGUGUUCCAUGGUUCCAUCUACCCAAAACUGAAGUUCUGGGGAAAGAGCGUGGAGGCGGAGCCAAGGGGCAUCAUCACUCUAGAACUUCCAAAGCAUAAUGAGGCGUACACGUGGAUAAACCCCACGUGUUGUGUCCACAACAUCAUCGUGGGACAGCUGUGGAUCGAACAGUAUGGGAAUGUGGAGGUUAUUAACCACAGGACCGGCGAAAAAUGUUGCCUGAAUUUCAAACCUUGUGGUCUUUUUGGGAAAGAAUUACACAAGGUUGAAGGCUACAUCCUGGACAAGAGCAAAAAGAAAGUGAACUUGCUUUAUGGGAAAUGGACGGAGUGCAUGUACAUAAUCGACCCGGCUACGUUCGAAGCUCACCGAAAGAACAAUAAAAAAUCAUCAGAGGAGAAAAAAAGCAGUAAACAGGCAUCUGUUGCAGACUCUGAAGAAACACUUCAACCAGGCGGAGAUUCGCUGGAGGUGAUUCCAGGCAGUCAGUUGCUGUGGAGAAUAGCACCACGACCUGCCAACUCCACCCAGAUGUACAACUUCACAACAUUCGCAAUGCAACUCAACGAGCUGGACAAAGAGAUAGAAGACGUGAUUCCUAAAACGGACAGCAGAUUGAGACCCGACAUAAGAGCAAUGGAGAACGGAAAUAUUGAUUUGGCCAGUGAGGAGAAGAAGAGGUUGGAGGAGAAGCAGAGAGCCGCUCGGAAGAGUCGAUCAAAGUCAGAUGAAGAGUGGAAGACGAGAAACGUUGCAUCCGGCCCCAGGUGGUUUCAUCAGGGUCCGAAUCCACACAAUGGCUCUCAGGACUGGCUGUUCUCCAACGGCUAUUGGGACCGUGAACAUUCCCAUUUACCGGACAUAUAUUGACCCCUUGAACCCUGUAAUGUAUAGUCGAGACUAUCCAUAAACAUAAACAUUCACUUUAAAAACAUGCCCUGGGGUUGUUGGCCAGUUAAAAAUGUAAAUUGCAUUCAAGUUUAAAGUUGAAAAAGACUUCUUAUUUUACUCCUCCUGUGUAUAGCUAAAUUAUUGUUUUUACAUUGAUAUAUUUAAUUACACCAUGAAAAAUGCAUUUGCAAAAUAAUAAAUCUUAGAAGAUCCACAGAUUUGUAACAUAUCUAAAACAUUUUAUAUCACAAGCUGGUUAAAACAGCUUUAAUGUGCAAUUUAUAAUCCUCCUAAAGAAGAGAUUAUGUCAUCUUUUUCUGUUUAACUUAUAUUUUACAUUUUAUUUUACAACAUUCCCUCUGUGUUAAGAGUAGAGUUGUGCAAUGACUGUUACAGGUUUUUUUUUAAUGCAAAUGAACAGAGCAGAUUCUGGACAUUCAGUUCUAAGACAGAAGACAAAAAUAUAUAUUUUUUACUUUUAUCUACUCUCACUAAUAGAUAACCCUGUAUGCUGUUCAUUUAUUUUAUAAUAUUAUAAAAAUAAUGUUUUUGGUGUUUUUAUUUGUUUAGAAAGUGAGCGUGUUUGCUGAAAUCAUAUCAAACAAAUCUUAUAAUGCGAAAAAUAUUUGCAGCAUGAACUGCAAACUUUAGAAUCACAGAGUUGCAGUUUUACAGUUUCAACCCCAUGUGCAUUUAUUGUGUUUGUGUGUGUUGUGUAUAUUUUGUAGGGAUGCAUAAAUGCCUACAGAUGUGUAAGAGAAUAAUUCUCUACAUAAAAGGCAUUGUUAUUGUGUGUAUAUCACAUCUAAAUAAUAAAAACCUAAAUAAAAUGGAUAUGA